CCGUCUCGAAAGGUGUCGACCGGGGGAUGACGAAGCGAAUGAACGACCGUCACACAGUAAACCGUGGGGUGUGUUUCCUCGAAUUCGCUUCCCACCACAGCGCACACACAGACGCACACGUGGGCGCACCAGACGCGCGCGCGCGCACACACACGUACACUACAGCCGGUACGGAAACGGAGCCAGAACAAGCUUGGUCCGCGCGCGCAACCACCACCUCGUUGCGAAGGUUCACGCGUUUUGAUGAGCGUGCGCGCAGUCUCUCUCUCUCUCUCUGUCUCUCUCUCUAUCGUUCUCUUUCCGUGGCCGUCUGGGGAGGAUCAAAGAAGAAACGAAACAAAAAAAAGCAAAAAAGCAGAACGCGCCGUCCGUAGGUUGCUUGGAUUAGCUUACUUUCAGGCACAGCAUGUCUGUACAAUCGCCGCAUGGAAGCACACACAUAGGCACACACCACACCAGAAAGACACCCUUUGGAAUGUUUGGAAUUGUUGCUCUCAGCGCCACAACCUGGCGCCCGUUUCGGAAGGAUGGACUUUUGAAGCGAACCCAACCGCGGUGAGGUGCUUUUUGUUCUGAUUUCGUUCUGCCUGUCUUGCUUCUCCCGAAGGUACAUCCACCAAGAACUCCCCGAAAACUGCAAACGCGUGGCCGUGGUGACGUUUGGGGGAGUAAAAUGUUUGACGUCACAUUGGAUAUGGCUGCUUGGAUGGAUGUUGUUUUCUAUUUUAUUAUCUGUAUCUAUGCCGACAAAAACUGACGUGCACAACGGGUUUAUUGGACUGCGCAAACACACAAAAAAACCUUUCUUUUGUGAGCUUCAAAAGGAAUUAGGGGUGAAAAAGUCGCGAAAGUAGAUUAAUGUAUUUAGACGCGUUAGCGCAAUCUAGCCUGAUUCGUGUCAUGUGACAACGGUGCGUAGUCCGUAUAUUCCUACGACAAACACGUCAUAGCAAGAAAAAAAAUCCUUUUAUUUUUUAUCUUCACCAGACCAAAGUCCAAUCGUCAAUCUUAGAAAUUCCCUUGCCUUGGGCCAGUGAGCGAGACUCCCCCUAAACGGGGAUGACGACAUCUGGCGCGCGCAAACAGACCCACACACAGGGCUGCCCCUGGUUUAAGCCGGUGGGCUUUAGUCUUCCCCCACCCCGAAACCGGGCGACUUUGAGGCCUAAAAAUAAUCUUGCAGAACCUCCCGCGGUGUUUCUGUGUGCGCCGGAACCUUUUCUCGGAAUUCCCGUGCAGAGGGGGUUGCGCAUACCCUUUUUCAGUUCGUUGUGUACUUGCUACAACCUUGCGCGUUCGUCGUGUGGAAGGGUUUGGUUACAUUUCAGAGCGAAAAUGCACACGCGCGCGCCUACUUGAUUUGCAAUCCGACUCAUCCCUGUGGGCAGAUGAGCUCACAGCCUCCUUGCAACCCACCCUUUUCAUUCUUGCCUCCCCCCAUUUCUUCACGCACCACACCCCUACGUCGAACAAAACAACGCACAGCCUACACGAAUCGCAUUCCCGCACACACAGAUUCACCCAAACACACACACACACACACACACUCACACGUACGCGCGCUCGCCCUGAUAGCAAAAGUUCGUCGCUUCUCCAUGGGGGAGAAGGCAAAGCGUGCGCGUGCGCACACACGUUCGCCUGCAGCACGUUCGUUCCGUGUAACUCACCCCGUACCCCACUCCACGGUUUUCGUCAUCGCCAACCGAGCCCUCUUUUCUAGCCUCCCCUACUCACACACACAGUCACAGACACACAAACAUAUACAUCCCACAUGGAGCAUUUAUCGGUCGAUGACGACAACACGGCCUACACGCCCGUUUCGUUGUGUGAGGAGGAGAGGGGAGAAACGGGGGGAAGGGCGUUCGAGGUACGACGGUGAGUCCCCGUAGACUCCGGGAAUCGCAACAGCAUCGUUCGCCGUCAAUCGACACGACGAGCAGCAGCAGCAGCAGCAGCAGCGCGCCAUUCAAGAGUACAGCGAGCCACAAACAAACCGCUUACAAAGUGUUGUGCCGCCGAAGCGAACGGACGUGUAUCUCUGUGCGAACGGGUCUCAUUCUCCUGUGUGUGCCUCUUUGUAAACCGAGAAGCAGCAGCAAUCACAUACUGCCAAGUGAACUCCAAACACACACCCAACAGUGUCGCGAGACUUAGAAGGAGUUUGCAGGAAGGUUUCACCUGAACCUUUAACAAGAAGUGCGGAAUAAAAUAACCGUUUUGCGUGUUUGUGUGCACAUUGAAGGCGGAGUGAGUGAGUGAUUGAGCAUUUGUAACUGCAACUUGGUGCCAUUUGUGCAGAGCGGAAGUUUGAAAGUUGGUGUAAAGAAAAGCCACGUGAAAAGCAACGUCUGGGCAAAUACCCCCCCCCCCCCCCAGACAGUGUCAGUGAGUGUGAGACAAACGGAAAGCAAAAGACGUGAAAAAUCAAAUCAACCAGCCAGCCAGACAACAAAGAGGGUUGUUUGUGUUUUUGGGAAGGUGGAGAAAAAUCACAAACAGUGUAAAAAGCAACCCGUGUGAGCUUUUAUCACAUGCAAAGUGCGGUGAAGUGAACUAGCCCGUUUGGAAAACGGAAAGUGAAAUCUUGACAGUCAUCUUUAGGGCCAAUAUCGAAUAGGCCCAGAAAAGUGUGCAAGUGUUUGAGUUUGAAAAAAAGGGUCAAAUCCAAAAAAAACAGUGCAAUGGAAAACACAGCGGCAGUGUUACUAUCGCCACCGGCAACGCCACCAUUGCAGGAUACCAGCCAGCAGCAGGACCAGCAACAGCAACAGCAGCAGCAGGAUGAUCUUGUGAAGACUACCAAUGCGAUUCGUCAGGCCCUGAAGCGGAAGCUGGCAGAAAGCACGGCAGAAAAGGCAGCCCCAACAGCGGCCGGAGGUUCGUCACCACCGUCAUCCAGUGGCAGCUUUGUCACACCGAAUCAUUCGGACGCGUCCGAAGAUGAGUCCGAUCUGCCGCCCCGCAAACGGCAGUACGUGCGCAAUCCGGACCAGCUGGAAUCACACGCCGCCCUGCAAAAGCAGCUGCACCAGCUGCACCACAAGCAGGAACAGCGACAGCAGCAGCAGCAGCAACAGCAGCUUCUCAACGGUUCCGGUGCCCCAACGCCACCGCCGUCGGAGUUUUCCGGCUCGGAGGACGAAACUACCAAGUCCGGCUCGGACGAGGAGCGCUGCUACUUCCAGGGUGGUGCGCCCCCGCGCGAAAGCGUCAUCAUGCGCAUCAACAAGGACGGUUCGUGCACGAAGACGCCCGCAUCCGGAGAGGAGUCGGCUUGUGCCGGAGCGCUCAACAUCUUCCGCAGCUACAAGUUCAAGAUGGGGCCGCGAAUGUCGCCUCCGCCACCGACCACAGUAUCUCCGCCGCCGGCAUCCAGCAUCUCCUCCUCUUCGUCCUUCUCACCCGCGGACACCAGUGCCAGUGAAAGCCGAAUGGUGCGAGAUCUGUCCACCAGCAGCAGCAAGUCGCCGGCUCCAGUAUUCCCGCCCAGCAGUUCCAACAGCGCCGGCAAGCGCAAGAAGAAGGAACCCACCAGCGCCGCAUUCAACCAACCGAUCCUGCCGAAGGCGGUGCUGCCCUCAACCUCCAUCCACCCCACCACCACCCUUCCUGUGAUAGCGCCCAAGCUUACCGCCAGUCCCGCGCCCGCACCCGCCCAAUUCAUCCUGGCCACCCAGAACGGGUACAUCAUCGUGCCGCAGCAAAUGUCGCACAACCUGCUCGCUGUCUCUACGGCUACCGUUCCCAUCCCGCCCAAAUCCACACCGGCGGUCGGAAAGGAGGACGGCAAAGCCGCCGAGCAGCAGCAGCAGCAGCAACAGCGUGCAGCUGGCCCGACCGCGGCCAAACCGGAACGCCGCCGCAUCUACGAGUGCGACCAUCCGAACUGUGGCAAGAACUACUUCAAGUCGAGCCACCUGAAGGCGCACCAGCGCAUCCACACCGGCGAGCGUCCGUUCAACUGCAAGUGGCCCGACUGUGGCCGCCGGUUCAGCCGCUCGGACGAGCUGUCGCGCCACAAGCGCACGCACACGGGCGAGAAGAAGUUCGUCUGUCACGUGUGCGAGCGACGGUUCAUGCGUAGCGACCAUCUGUCGAAGCACGUCAAACGGCACAACAAGGACACGAGCGGCAAGGUGACGUCAUCCGCUGGCCAGUCCGGUGGACGUCGGGCGGCUGCGAAUGCACCGACGACGACGACGACGACCGCCAUCCUUCCGGCGGAGGGUGCACCUGCGCGAACGGGUGGUGCCGCCCUGUACCACCAUCAUCAUCCACAGCUGGCGGCUGUGUUUCAACCAGCGGCUCACCAGUUUGCCACCACCGUACAGCAAGCCUCGGUGUACUAAAGAGCGCGGUGACGGCGGUUGAGGAACGCACCUCGGCUCAGCUUACUUGUGUCAUAUGGACAGUCGCACGGUGGGGCUGCCAACCAUUCCAGCUGUCUGAGGGGGAGAGGGGAAGGGUCAAAGAAUGAGAGAAAGAGUGAGAGAGAGAGGGCAACGUGCGUUGGCGCCGUCAGCGGGACGGGAUCCGUUUUAUGAAUUUUCCUCCUUCUCCAGUUAGGUUUAAACAAUUCUUGCGCGUGUGGGCGCCCCCCGGGAAGCGCCCUUAGCGCCCCACUAUCUGUGAUCGUUUUGUCUUACUAAACUACCGGACUACAAACUCUACGAACUACAAACAAGCAAACAAAAAAAACGCAAGGCAAGGCUAAGCCUAAUCCCUUCUCACCCUUCUUAGCAUACCCGGCUUAGCGUUGUAACUCUCUCUUAUCCUUGUCACACAAUCACUACUAUAUCUAGAUAUACUCUAGCAGUAAGGAAAGGGAGCUAGCAAGCAGGGCUAAGGGAGAACAGUACUAGGAGAAACAGAAAAGAAGACUCACCGCUUGGUUCUACUGUCUGUUGUAAGAUACGUUUAGUGUUUUGUUUUUGUUUUUUUUUCUAUUAUUUUGUUUAAUAUUUGUUCCAUGUGUUUUGUGAUGAUUAGCACCUACCUGUUAGCACGCACGUGAUGCAUGUUGUAUCUCCCAUGUUUGGAACUACGAGGAAAAAUCGCGAAAGCGUAGCGCAUUACAACUUAGUGUAGCGGGGAGCUGGGUAGAGCGCCAGUAGGACUUAUUUCCUUCGUUUUGUUCCAUAAUAAUGUGUUUCGUUAAUUUAUUUUAGCCCUUAAUAAUCGUUUCUAGCAGUGUAAACACCGAACAGAAAUGCCACAGUAAGACAGGAAAUGCAUUGUUAACAAACAGAGAGAGAGAGUGACAGACAGAAGUGCGAUGCAAAGCGAGAGACGAAGAGUGAGAAAGAUAAUGACGAUCAAUUGAAGAAAAAAAAGAGGAGAAAGCUGAAAAUGUGUUAAAUAAUUAGUAGUACCAUAUUACUAUUAUCUUGUAUCUAUACACACACACUCUCACAUACUGAAUAAUGCCAAAACAAGAUGGUUAAUGUUGGAUAUGCAAAAGAAAAAUGAAACAAAUCAAAUGCAAUUGCAAACAUCUACAUACAAAAGAAACAAACAAAUCAGUAAUAUACAUUCUUCUGAAUUGCUCUAAAAUGAA